AGAGUCCCUUAAUUACGCGCAGGAAUCUUCCCCAAAACGAGAGCAAGGAACGCCCGGUCUACUGUGUGCGUGUCGUCGCCAUCGCCACCGCUCGAGAGAUUCCUGAGAUUGGAGAGAGGGAAGGGAAGUGAGAGAGGGAGGAGGCCACGGCCAUGUCGUCGUUGGGGACGUCCAAGGGGAUCCUGGAGAUCGCCAAAUUUGGGGUGUACGUCGCCGUCCCCGUUACCCUCACCUACCUUGUCGCCACUGACGCCAAGGCCAUCAAGAAGCUCAUGGACCUCCGUCCUUAUGUGGUUUACCCUCCAGAAGGCCCACGACCACCACGGCCCGAAGAACUUCGUGAAAGGGCUCGGGAGAUAGCUCGCAGCAGAAGGCAAGAAUAAACAGGUGGACCAUGAUUGCUCCACAUAGUUUGUACUGAGACCAUCUUCUGCAUGAUACUACGAUCCGCCCAAAAGAUUCAUGAAACAGGGACAGAAAAACUCCAACUGUCAGUCAUGCUGUCGUGAGUGUAUGGUUGUCAAAUAACAUGAUUUCACUUUGAAAGAAACCCACUUGACUCCGGUUAUACUGCUGUAGUGUUUCUGGUUGUUGAUGUAAAGUUAUGAGACGUUUCCGAGUUGUGACGAAGAGUAAUAAACCAAUUUCAUCGCUCA